CAGCAAUCUGGCAGCACUGUUUGCAAUGUAUCGAUAUAUCGAUAUUAAUUACUGCCAUAUCUACAUCCCAUUUUAGACGCCGCACUGUAAGACAAUAAAAUUGAAAUAAAGCCUACAAAUAGUUAAAUAAAAGACAACCACCAAUGGCUGAUUCGGAUGAUGAAUACGAUCGCAAGCGGCGUGAUAAAUUCCGCGGCGAACGCGACAGCUACAGGCCCGAACGGCGGGACGAACGUCGACCUAUGGGCGGUGGUGCCAAUUCCCGGGACGAGUGGUCCGAGCGGAAUCCAUUUCGAGGCAGUUCGGCUGCAGGUGGUGGUGGCGGUGGCGGCGGCGGUGCACGUCAUCGCCCAGAUUACAGUGAGUAUCGUGGCUCCGGACCACGUCCGCGCUACGGCUCGCCGGGACGAGAGAUGCCGCCUGCGAAACGCAUGCGACCUGACUGGGGCGACAGCGAAAUGAGGUCUAAUCCACGCUUUGGCUACGAUCCGUACCUAGUGCAGGCCUGGAAUGAUCACUAUCAAUCGCUGCACUCGGCCUACUCUCAUUCGGGUCAUCCGUCCUCGGCCCGUGAAUCAGCGCCCAAUGUCGUCAACAGCGACACACAAACACAGCCAGCGAUGCUAACGUUAAAACAAUUUCUGGACACGCAGGACGAGAACAUAUCUGACUCGGAAGUGAUGCGAAAGUACACCGAAUACAAGACGGACUUUAAGCGACAGCAGUUAAACGAGUUCUUUGUGGCGCACAAGGAUGAGGAAUGGUUCAAAAACAAAUACCAUCCCGAAGACAGUGUGCGACGCAGCGAGGAGCAACGCGGCUUUUUGAAGAGACGCACCGAUGUAUUUCUGGAACUACUCGAGAACGGCACUAUUGGCAGCGUCAAGGUGGAUUCCUCGCAGGCGGAUGCUUUGGUGCGAGUCCUGGACACUUGUGUGAUUAAACUGGAAGGCGGCACCGAUGAAGAUCUUAAGAUACUCGACGAAAAGCCCAAAGAUACGCCAGUUGUAUAUGAGCGCAAAUCAGAAUCGACAGAAGCCACAGUUGUCGCCAAGCGAGAGCCUGAAAGUCCCAACCAGACCAAAUCUGAGAAAGGCGCUGAUGAGGUUCUGCCAGUGGUUGUGUCGCCGCAGCGCAAGAGCCUGCGGCCUGCUAACUCCGAUGAGGAGAACUGGGAUGAUGAGAACGAUGAGAUGGCUGCGGUCCCAGAGGCAGCUAAAAUCGAGCAGCAAACAGAAAUAGUGACUGCAAAGCCGGCCAAAGAGCAAGGCGAUGAUGACUCGGUUAAAAGCGGCAGCGAUAAAAAGUUAAAGAAGAAAAAAAUCAAGAAACGAAAUCGCAACAGCAGCGACGAUGAUAGCUCAUCUUCAUCCAGUUUCGAGUCGGACACGGACUCAGACGAUGAGAAGCUGAAAGCGAAAUAUGAUGUGGAGGAGGGUUUGCGCGCCGAUCAAAAAGCAGAGGCACAAAAAGACAAAGAGGAGGCAGCAACGGUCGCCAAAGCCAAUCAGCUGCCACCCGACAGUCCCCAACCUGAGAGCGGCACUGCUCUCAAGGAUGCGGCAGUUAUCAAAAGUGAACUGAGCGAAGAGCAGCAGGAAAAAGAUACGGAGCAGCCAGCGGAGCUGCAAACGGACGAGUCAGCAGCAGCUGAAAAUGGGGAGGAGGCAGAGAAAACAGACAAAACCGAGCUGGAGACGAAAUCAACAGCGGAUGAUGUGACCGAGACAAUCGAUUUGGACAAGGUAAAGGACGGAUCACAGCCACGUGCAUUGCAUCGCACCUCGUCCAUUUUCCUACGCAAUUUGGCGCCGUCAAUAACGAAGGCAGAAAUCGAAGCGAUUUGCACCCGCUUUAGUGGGUAUUUGCGCGUGGCCAUUGCCGAUCCGCUGGUGGAGCGACGCUGGUAUCGCCGCGGCUGGAUAACAUUUACGCGCGACGUUAACAUCAAGGAGAUCUGUUGGAGCCUGAACAAUCAGCGUUUGCGCGACUGCGAAAUGGGCGCCAUUGUCAAUCGGGAUUUGAGUCGACGUGUGCGUCCCGCCAAUGGCAUCACAGCGCACAAGCAGAUUGUUCGCGCUGACAUCAAGCUGUGCGCAAAGAUUGCCAUGAAUCUGGAUGAACGUUUUAAGCUAUGGAGCGAGGCAGACCCCUCGCAGCAGCAGCCGGAUACGGCAAGCAAGCCCAGCGCGGAGGCAACCAAUGGCAGCGGCGGCAAUUCGACCACAUAUGGCUUCAACUCCAAAAAUCCGGUGCUUCAAAACAUAACCGAUUACCUCAUCGAAGAAGCCUCUGCUGAGGAGGAGGAACUGUUGGGCUUGGCCGGCGAUAACAAAGAUGGCGAGGGCGAGCCCAUUGAACGGGAUGAGCAGCUAAUUUUGGUUCUGGAUCGUCUGGUGCUCUAUUUGCGCAUUGUGCACUCGGUGGACUACUAUAAUCACUGCGAAUAUCCGUACGAGGAUGAGAUGCCAAAUCGCUGCGGUAUCAUACACGCACGUGGUCCACCGCCUAUGCGUGUCACCAGCAACGAUGUCCAGGAAUACAUCAAGGCCUACGACGGUAAGCUGCAGCAGUUUUUAACCAAGAGCGUUCAGCUGAGCGAUGAUGAAAUCAAAGAGCUGGGUGCCAAGAAUCCCGAAUCCGAGGUGGAGAAAUUCGUGCAGGCCAAUACACAGGAACUGGCCAAGGAUAAGUGGCUGUGCCCUCUGUCGGGCAAAAAGUUCAAGGGUCCCGAGUUCAUACGCAAGCACAUCUUCAACAAGCACGACGAGAAGGUGGACGAGGUGCGCAAGGAGGUGCAAUAUUUCAACAAUUACUUGCGUGACCCCAAGCGGCCACAGCUGCCCGAGCAUCCGGGCAGCUCCAAGCGUACUGAAUCAGAGUCUGGACGUGGUGCCGGCGGCUAUCGGCCGCCCAUGUAUCCCCCCUUCUCAGCUAUGCCCUACGGAUUUGCACCGCCCAUGAUGGGCGGCGGUGGACGCGGCGGACGCAAUUUUCCUCCAGUGCGCAGACCCGGUGGUUUUGAUUAUCGCGCCAGAUCACACUACCGGGACUUGGACGCGCCCCAAGAGCCGUACUAAGAUAAUGCCCCACACAAUAGACUAUAAAUUAUAUUAGUGUAUAAUAAACAAAGCUCACGCAUUGAACAAAUAAUAAUCGAACAGAGAUUUCUAAAGACAUUUCUUAACCAUCUUGAAACUUAAAUUAUUAAAACACAAAAAAGAAAACUGAAAAGAAGAAAAACCGUUUUUAACGUCAGAUGUUUUGCAUGGUUCUAAUCUACGCUAAUUGUUUUGUAUUGCUUGGAGAAAAAAGAAAAACUAAAUAAAAGUUGUUUGUCAUCAUGGAAUUUUUAAUUUUAAUAAAAGAUAACUGUUUAAAUUGAA